AUGAGACUCUUCAACACAUUCAAGGCAUGCCCACACGAGUCGACAACAGAUCCAAUCGACAUUAAGCGGGUGGUCCCCAACUAUCGCCACGCUUGGUGGAAGUACCGGUUUGACCUUGUGUCAUUUGACAUGCCUCUUCGCAUGUCAGUUGCGCAAGUGAAGGAGCUGGUGGCCGAGCACUUUAUUCAGCGGCCUAAAAUGGCCAGUAUGGUGUCGAGACCGAUUAUUCACACCCACUGUGAUGACCUGCUCUUGCAACAGCUGAUGGUCCUCUGGACCCAAGUCGCCCGACUUGGUAUGGAAUUGAGCCGAGUCCUUGUUGCUAAGCUGGAUGCCACGGAUGAGGCGGUGGCUGCAUUGAAUCGUCUAGAGGAUCCUGUGGAUGAGCUUCGUGAGGCGAUGGCGGCCUCCCACGUGGCAGUUGCGGUGUUGCAAGCAGAUUACAAGAAAGGCCGGCUAGGAGCAUCUCCAUCCGUCGAACCAUUUCCCCAUCUGGAACCACUUCCGUGUUGA